AUGAGUCCAACCUCAAUUCUUGACACAAAAAACUCAUCAAAUUCUGCUAACCCUUUUGGCUAUGAUAAAAAUUUGUCCAAAUCCUCAAUCCCAUCUCCUAAUUCUUGUAAUAAGCAAGACUCGGAAGCCAUUGGACUUGCCUUGAUUGACUCAAUGAAUGAUGAGAAAAAUGGUGGGGAUUUUUCAAAGCCAAUUAGUAGAAUGGUUCUUUUUGGAUCAAAACUUAACGUUCAAAUUCCAACCCUUAUUCCCUCUUCGAUUUCUCCAGUCGAAGAAUCGCCGAAAUCUCCAGCUGAUUUUGGAAUUAAGACUAGGGAUUCUCAGUUGAUGAGUCCUUUUUCUAGACUCCCUGUUAAGGAUUCUCCUCGGAGUUUUACUAGGCAGCUUUCUUUGAAGGAAAUGGAGCUUUCUGAGGACUAUACUUGUGUGAUCACUCGUGGACCUAAUCCAAAAACAACACACAUUUUUGAUAAUUGCAUUGUUGAAAGCUGCUGUGAAGAUCAUCUUAAUAUGUCUGAUAACAAUAGGGAUUGUGAAUUUGAAGCCAAUUUUUCAGUUACUCCAUCUGUGGAUUUUCUCAGUUGUCAUACUUGCAAAAACAGUCUUGGAGAUGGCAAAGAUGAUCACUUGUACAGGGGUGAAAAAGCCUUCUGCAGCCAAGAAUGCCGCUGCCAAGAAAUGCAUUUUGAAGGGACAAAGAAUCCAGAGUUAGAUGAUUCUUUUUAA